AUGUCUGUGUGUUCCAAUUGUUUCAGCUGUUCUCCGUAUAUAUUGUUAGUUGACAUCUGCUGUGGAGUACAAGAGUUUAUGAGUUCAACACUACGACAAGUUCUUUCCAAAGGAUUGCCGCCACCGGGAAGCUCUUCUUCACAAAGAGGACAAGGUCGUUCACGUGAUGUGACUCCGCUUGCCUGGGAAGAGUUCUUCGAUGAAAAUCGUGUAGUCGAUAUCGACGGAGACAAAUUUAGUGUGUAUCUAAAGGGGAACUCUGGACCGGUAUUUUAUUUCCUGCACGGCGGAGGCUAUUCGGGGCUGACGUGGUCGUGUUUGGCUUUGGAGCUCUGCUCUCGCAUAGGAUGCCGUCUGCUUGCACCUGAUUUGAGAGGGCACGGUCAAACCCAAACACAAGAUGAAGUGGAUUUGUCCACAGAAAGACAAGUCAAGGACGUCAUCAAUAUCUUCAAAACAAUUUUUUGUGAAAAUGGCGACGAAGAACCUCCUCUUGUUUGCGUAGUUGGACACAGUAUGGGCGGCGCUUUAGCAGUGCAUGCAGUGGCUACGAAUGAAAUACCAAAUGUUGUUGGACUUGUUGUCAUCGAUGUCGUUGAAGGAUCUGCUAUGGAUGCGCUGAGUGGUAUGACAACAUUCCUUCGUGGCCGUCCAGCUACCUUUGAAUCCGAGGAAAAAGCGAUCGGUUGGUGUCUGCAGUCGGGUGCAACAAGGAAUCGAAAAGCUGCUAGGAUAUCUAUGCCGUCUCAGAUCAAAAGAAUGAAAGACGGAAAAUAUACCUGGCGAGUUGAUUUGAUGGCUACUGAACCCUUCUGGGUCGGCUGGUUCAAAGGACUGUCGGCCAAGUUUUUGUCAUGUUCUCCUCCAAAGCUUCUCGUGUUGGCAGGUGUGGAUCGCCUGGAUAAGGAUCUCACGAUUGCUCAGAUGCAGGGAAAGUUUCAAAAUACUAUUUUGCCUAAAGUUGGACACGCUGUACAUGAGGAUAGUCCAGACCGAUUGGCAGACGAGCUAGUGCGAUUUGCUAUCCGCCACAGAUUUGCAGAGGCGAUUCCCGGCUCGACGCCGCUCGCCAGUCGACCUGUUAUGGGAAUGGGGAUGAUGAUAUAG